AAAGUGAACCAAUUGGUUAUGUCUAAGGUGACAAUUCUAUUCGUCCGUUACUUGGGUUGUGAUGUGACAGAAGCACUCAUUAGAGAGUUCUUUUCGCUGAGGAAUGUCUAUAAUCUGAACGUCCAAAGAGUCAAACGAAUUAAAAACUAUGCAUUCAUUCACUUUGAGACCAGAUUUGAUGCACAACUGGCUUUCAAUUAUAUAUCGCACAUGGAUUUGUGUGAAACGCCAUUAGGGGAAAGGGGUCAGGCUAUAGAGUUAAUGUGGGCUAAACCUCCUAAAAAGUGCAACUAUAGAGAUGAUUGUGUGACCAAUAAGUCACUGAAUCCAACGGCUCAACCCUUCCAUCAAUAUGCCAACCAUACCAAU